AAUUUUCCCACCUCGAUCGUCAAUCGGCGCCGGUGAGGCUUAGAGACAGCAACCAUGCAAAUCUUCGUGAAAACCCUGACGGGGAAGACUAUAACCCUUGAGGUUGAGUCUUCUGACACCAUCGACAAUGUCAAGGCCAAGAUUCAGGACAAGGAGGGCAUCCCGCCGGACCAGCAACGUCUCAUCUUCGCCGGCAAGCAGCUCGAGGACGGCCGAACCCUAGCGGACUACAACAUCCAGAAGGAGUCCACCCUCCACCUGGUGCUCCGACUCCGUGGUGGCGCCAAGAAGCGAAAGAAGAAGACCUACACCAAGCCCAAGAAGAUCAAGCACAAGAAGAAGAAGGUCAAGCUCGCCGUCCUCCAGUUCUACAAGGUCGAUGAUUCCGGUAAGGUCCAGAGGCUGAGGAAGGAGUGCCCGAAUGAGGAGUGCGGUGCUGGGACUUUCAUGGCCAACCAUUUCGAUAGACACUACUGCGGCAAGUGUGGCACGACCUAUGUCUACAAUAAGGCUGGUGGUGAUUAGAAAUGGUGCUUUUUGAUCAUGCAUUUGCUACUUUCUUGAUACCCCCCCCCCCAAACUUUAGCGCUUUUUAGUAAUUUGAGAAUUAGUAAGAAUUAAGAAUUUAAGAAUAGCGUGUUAUCAAUCGUGUUUUUGAUAUGGAUCUGAAUUGAAUAGCUCUGUUAUUUGAUGCUUAAUUUUCUUUCACCAAUGAAUCCAUUACGCAUGUUCUCUUGUUA